AUGGCAAAGAAGCUGAUACCCAAAAUGGAGGAGGUCAAAAGCAGCAUGGAUAAAACCAAAAUGAAUCCCACUGAAGUUGCCGAUUUGACUUUUGUCCAAGAUCCUAAGUGCAUGGAAGCUGCAAGACACCUUGGGGAUUUAUCAGCAAGCUUUAAUGAUCAAUGCAACGUGCAAGUGAUCAGUGUUUCAUGCUUUGACGAAGAGGAACCUCAAGUAUUUGUCACCGUCUCAAUCAAGUAUGCUACCAGACCUGCCUAUGCUAUUGUUCCUUGCUCAUCAGUUGUAUGCCUCAUUCAACCUCCUGAUAUUGUCGGAGUCGCUGAGAGUAUUACAGGUGAGGUUUCAUUAGGUGACGUCCCAAAUCAAUAUGUCAUCAGAUUCCGUCCCAACAGAAAUGGGGUGCAUAAGUUGUGCCUAAAAAUCAAUGAGUACUUAGCUAAGGAAAAACGCAUUGUUUUUCCUCUCAAUCCUGUUUUUAUCAAAAGGAUUGCUCCUGGACCAACUGCAUGCAUUAAGAGUGAUCGCAUGUCUAAGCCAAUAGGUCUCACUAUGUCAAAAGAUAAGAUCAUUGUAUUGACUGAUUACAAUGAAUUAAUAAUGCUGGAUAAGAAUGGCAAUAAUCCCAAGGUGUACAAGCGAACAACCAAUGGCCAUCGUUUUUCAUUCACAAGAGAUGCAGCUGUCACUCCUGAUGGUUGCCUACUGAUGACAGAUAAAUACAGCAUACUAAAGGUAUCAAUGGAUGGGAAGCUAUUGAAAGAAAUUGGCUGCAAAGGUAAUGGUAAAGAACAGUUUAAUAAUCCAUUUGGCAUUACCAUUGAUGAAAAUACUGGUAAAGUCUAUGUUGCUGAUCUUAAAAAUCAUCGCAUUCAAAUCCUCAAUCGGGACUACUCAUUUUUUGAUUCUUUUGGCUCAAAAGGAAAAGCACUAGGUCAGUUUAAGCAGCCUAAUGGCACUGCCCUUGAUUCUCAAG